CGGCCCCCGCCCCUUGGCCUGCCGCUCCGCCCCCGCGGGGCGUCCCGGGCCGCUCGUCCCCUCAGCGGCGGCCGCGCGCGGCCCGGGGUCGCCGAAUCAAGCCGCAACAGCCCUUGGAGAGAAGCUAAGUGUUUCAGUGACGAAGACCUCCAGAAAGCUGGUACUUCUGGUCUACGCUGCCAUCAUCCUACCACCCAGCCCAAGACAAGCUAGGCUGGACUUCAGUGCCUCCCUCUUGGUUCCUCUGUGAUCAUUCAGAUCAUCGCCUGACUGUUUCUUUUCAAGUCUCACAAACCCAGCCCCCAAAUCUUCAUAUUCUGGUUCUCAGCUGCUCUUGAAGGACAGUGACUUGUUACCACCACAAACAGCAGAGCCUGCCAUCCCCAGCCGAUCUCCAGUCAGCCCCUGACGUCACCCCCUUCCUUGUCUCCCUUGUGACCUCCUAAAUGCCCGUCUCGUUGGCCUGGGUUCAGCUGGUGGUAUGGAGGGGUGCUGCCUAGCACUGACCGGGGAGUGUGUGUGACCCACUGACCCAAUGGACAUCAAAGGCCAGUUCUGGAAUGAUGAUGAUUCGGAGGGAGAUAAUGAAUCAGAGGAAUUUCUCUACGGAGUUCAGGGGAGCUGUGCAGCUGACCUGUAUCGGCACCCACAGCUUGAUGCCGACAUUGAAGCUGUGAAGGAGAUCUACAGUGAGAACUCUGUAUCCAUCAGAGAAUAUGGAACUAUCGACGACGUGGACAUCGACCUUCACAUCAACAUCAGCUUCCUCGAUGAGGAAGUCUCUACAGCCUGGAAGGUCCUCCGGACAGAACCUAUUGUGUUGAGGCUGCGAUUUUCUCUGUCCCAGUAUCUUGAUGGACCAGAACCAUCAAUUGAGGUUUUCCAGCCAUCGAAUAAGGAAGGGUUUGGGCUGGGUCUUCAGUUGAAAAAAAUCCUGGGUAUGUUCACAUCCCAACAAUGGAAACAUCUCAGCAACGAUUUUUUGAAGACCCAGCAGGAGAAGAGGCACAGUUGGUUCAAGGCAAGUGGUACCAUCAAGAAAUUCCGAGCUGGCCUCAGCAUCUUCUCACCUGUCCCAAAGUCGCCCAGUUUCCCCAUCAUACAGGACUCCAUGCUGAAAGGCAAACUCGCUGUGCCUGAGCUUCGGGUUGGGCGCCUCAUGAACCGCUCCAUCUCCUGCACCUUGAAGAACCCCAAAGUGGAAGUGUUUGGCUACCCUCCCAGCCCCCAGGCAGGUCUCCUGUGCCCCCAGCACGUGGGCCUCCCUCCCCCAGCACGGACCUCUCCUUUGGUCAGUGGUCACUGCAAGAACAUCCCCACUCUGGAAUAUGGGUUCCUUGUCCAGAUCAUGAAGUACGCGGAGCAGAGGGUCCCGACGCUGAAUGAGUACUGCGUGGUGUGUGACGAGCAGCACGUCUUCCAGAAUGGGUCCAUGCUCAAGCCAGCCGUCUGUACUCGUGAACUGUGCGUUUUCUCCUUCUACACACUGGGAGUCAUGUCUGGAGCUGCAGAGGAGGUGGCCACUGGAGCAGAGGUGGUGGAUCUGCUGGUGGCCAUGUGUAGGGCAGCUUUGGAGUCCCCAAGAAAGAGCAUCAUCUUUGAGCCUUAUCCCUCUGUGGUGGACCCCACUGAUCCCAAGACCCUGGCCUUUAACCCUAAGAAGAAGAAUUACGAGCGACUUCAGAAAGCUCUGGAUAGUGUGAUGUCCAUCAGGGAGAUGACGCAGGGCUCAUAUCUGGAAAUCAAGAAGCAGAUGGACAAGCUGGACCCCCUGGCCCAUCCUCUCCUGCAGUGGAUCAUUUCCAGCAACAGGUCACACAUUGUCAAACUACCUCUCAGCAGGCAGCUGAAGUUCAUGCACACCUCACACCAGUUCCUCCUGCUGAGCAGCCCUCCUGCCAAGGAGGCUCGGUUCCGGACCGCCAAGAAGCUCUACGGCAGCACCUUUGCCUUCCAUGGGUCCCACAUCGAGAACUGGCAUUCGAUCCUGCGCAAUGGGCUGGUCAAUGCAUCCUACACCAAACUGCAGCUGCAUGGAGCAGCCUAUGGCAAAGGCAUCUACCUGAGCCCCAUCUCCAGUAUUUCCUUUGGAUACUCAGGAAUGGGAAAAGGACAGCACAGGAUGCCCUCCAAGGAUGAGCUGGUCCAGAGAUAUAACAGGAUGAAUACCAUCCCCCAGACCCGAUCCAUUCAGUCGAGGUUCCUGCAGAGUCGGAAUCUAAAUUGUAUAGCACUUUGUGAAGUGAUCACGUCGAAGGACCUGCAGAAGCAUGGGAACAUCUGGGUCUGCCCUGUGUCCGACCAUGUCUGCACGCGCUUCUUCUUCGUCUAUGAGGAUGGGCAGGUGGGCGAUGCCAACAUUAAUACUCAGGACCCCAAGAUACAGAAGGAGAUCAUGCGUGUGGUCGGAACUCAGGUUUACACAAACUGAGGGGGCCCCAGCCCUCGUACCACGCCGUCCCCCUGGAUCCAUCUGCCCUCAUUAAAGGGCUCAGGAGCAGCCGGAGCUGCCCUGAGGAAUCGGGCCGUUACCAAGGGGCAGGGAAAGGACGGAAGACGCGGCCUUCCGGGUGGAGACUGACCCAGGAAUCUCUCCACGUCUGGAUGGCCCAGACUGACUCCCUACCCCCGAUUUUCCCAGUUGACUUUACCCCGUUUGUAAAUAAAACAAUAAAAUGGAAGGUGCUGUGGACUGGAUAUGAUCACUGGUC